AUUCAAAUAAGUUGUGCCUUUAAAACAUGGCAGGAGAAAGAGAUCUAAAAGAAAUAAGAGUUGCACUUAUUGGAAAAACCGGAUGCGGAAAAAGUGCUCUGGGGAACACCCUAGUGGGGUUCAGAUGUUUUAAGUCAAUUCCUGCAGGCGAAUCCGUAACAACUGAGUGCAAAGAAGGAAGAGGCACACUUUCCUCGGGACAGAAAGUAAGAGUAGUUGAUACUCCUGGAAUAUUAGACACUAUGAAACGAGAUGUAAGAUUAGAAGUUACCAAAAGUAUCGGAUUUUUAUCGCCUGGGCCUCAUGCGUUUAUAAUUGUUCUUUCGCCGAACAGAGCAACAGAAGAAGAAAGGCGUGUAAUUGCUGAACUCAAUGCGUUAUUUGGGGACAAAAAGUUUCUUGAUCACACUAUUAUUGUAAUGGUAAGAAAAAAUGAAAUCAGAGAUGAAAAUGGAGAUGAAAUGGAUAUUCAUAAAUUCAUCGACAAACAGGCAGCAGACGAUGUUAAAACAUUGUAUCAAGAAUGUGGAAGACGUAUUGUUGCAGUAGAAAAUUUAGCAUCGGUGCGUGAGAAACAGACCUAUGCAAAGGAAGUCGUUGAUAAAAUAUCAACUCUGGAUGGUUAUUAUUCACAUGAAUACUUCAAACUACUAGAAGAAAGAAGACUUAAAAUAGAUCAAAUAGCUGAAUUAGAAAAGGCUUUGGAGGAGAAAGCGAACGAGUUAAAUCGGAGUUUCUGUUCCAUUCUGUAAUGACACGUAAAUUUGUUAAUCUCAAAUAUCAAACGGAAAAUUAUCGUUUGUUGACGUUUACUUGCAUAAGUUAUUUAUCUCUCAAACUUUUUUUAUUGGUGACACUGAAUAUCAAAUAAAUAUUUGUAA